AUGGCGUCAUCUAGUCCGUUUGCCAUAGUAUCACGUCAACUGUAUCAGGAUUUGAAUGCGUUGUCUUCUGAAUCCAAAAGAAGAAAUUCUGAGGUUAAACAUGCAUCUGAUAAAUCGCUUCAAAUCUUAAGAAUAGUUCAUAGUUUUCAGGAAUUGGAACGACAUCCCGAUUUUGUACACCCUUUUGUAUUAUCAUGUAAAUCAGGAAAUGCUAAAUUUACUACUCUUUCUAUGCAAUGUUUGCAGCGAUUGGCAAUCCACAGAUCUAUUUCCAAGGAACAGAUUGAACCUGUCUUAGAAGCAUUAAUAGAUUCUACUCAAUUGGCUGUUGAGAUCCAAUUGAAAGUGUUACAGAUUGUCCCAAUAUUCUUCAAAACUUAUGGGAAAUUUAUUACUGGUCCUCUAUGUGCCAAACUUCUAUUCUGUUGUUCUACGGUACUAUUGACUCCUAGCAAGGCCCCUGUUGUUGUAGGUACUGCUAGUGCCACUUUAAAGCAACUUAUUAGUGAUGUAUUUGAGCGAUUAAAAUAUUCAGAUAAUAGCGAUGAAGAAUAUAGUGUUUUCACGAGCAAUAAUGAUACCAUUAAGGUUAACAAUCACCGGUACGAUGCAAACAUGCUAUUUACAGAUCUAUGUUCGGUGCACAGCACUCACAAACGGGAAGUAUCAUUGUUGGAUACAAACUGCGUAACAGAGGAAUAUGGUUUAGAGUUGCUAGAAACUGUGUUAUUGAAUUAUGAGUCCUUAUUUUUAAAAUAUGAUGACUUGUUGUUUCUAUUGCGAACCAAAGCAGUUCCGUUGCUUCUUAGAUCUGUUUCUUCCUCGAAAAGUUUUCCAAUUGUGAUGAGAAGCUCGAGGUGUAUAACGCUUCUAAUCAAGGUGCAGUCCCUAUCUCUAUUAGAGUUGGAACUGGAAGUUAUCCUUUCUCUUUUGAUCCAUACCUUAUCACCAAAGUCAGAGAGCCAGUCAUGGAGGAGGGUCUUAAUUCUGGAAAUAUUCAAAAAUAUUUCCUCUGAAAAUGAUUUAAUACCUAAUAUAUUUAAGGCUUAUGACAUGCAUGAGAGCAGAAAGAAUGUUAUAAGCACUUUUUUGGAUACUGUGAUGGAACUUUUGAACUCACAGACAUAUGCCGAAGUUUUACAAGGAUCAUCUAUUCUACUAAGCUCAGAACAACCCCUUAUUUCAUCUGAUAAUUUAAUUUCGAAGCUUAAUUUCUUAGAUCUUUUGGAUAAAACAAGUCCUCCUUCAGUGGAACAUUCUUAUGUCAUUUACUUAAUUUUGAUGAUAACUAAUUCCAUUUCUAAUUCUAUUGGUUCAAAAGCGGUUCAAGCAUCCAACGAUGAGGAUGAUGACACUUUAUCUGAAUUGGCUAUACUAUAUCAGCGGAUAUUCCCCAAUCUGUUUGACAUCCAUAAAACAUUUCUUUAUUCAAGUACACUAGACAAUGCGUUGUUUCAUAAUUUUGUUCGUGCAUUUCAGAAACUUGCACAUGCCGCUGGGAUACUUCAACUUUCAUCUGAGCUAAAUAAAUGCCUACGCAUUUUUUGUCUGGCUACGAUUGAAAACAAGCAGGAUGAAGAGAAUAUCCACGAAAAUUUAUUCACACCUAGUCAACCUAGUUCUAAUGCUGCGGUUGUAUUGACAGCUAUAAGUGAUACUUUUAGAGGCACACCAACUAAUGUUAAUAAUAAAAAGGAGCCUAGACUGCAGAGUAGAAAUUUCUAUCAGCGAAAUAUUAUUGUUUUCAGGGCAUUAAUUUCUCUUUCUAUAUCACUCGGACCCACGCUAAGCCAGGAAAGUUGGAAUUAUUUAUUGCUGACAUGGCAGUGGACCUCCUAUUACGUUUAUGGACCAACUCAAGAAUUCUUAGAUACUUCUUAUGGAAAACUCACUCCACCUGGCCCAAAGUUAAAUAAGAGUGAUAUUUCGGUAAUUGAAUCUAAUGGUUAUGAACUCUUUGAAAGCACUGCUAGUUAUACCCAUGAAAGUUUUACUACCUUUUUAACAUGCUUAAUCGAUGCGUCACUUCGUGGUUUCAAGAAGUCGACCGUUGUUUUCGCCAUUGAUACUUUUUGUGAGGAUCCAAAGAGUGAGAUACCGGAAUGUUUUUACAAUAGGUUAUUUUAUGUCGAUAAGAUUAAUGAUUUGAUCAAAUUCAACAUCACAAGAUUUACAGAUUCAGAUAGCAACCAAGAAAUUUGGACUCAACUAGUCGAUUUCAUGGUAGGUCAAAUAGCGGAUAGGUCUUUGUCAAAUUCGUCUUUAAGAUUAUACUUGGCAGGUGCGUUCAUGGAUGCCAUUAAAAUGAUAGCAACUGAAACGGAGAGAUUACAACAGGAUCAAAAUUUGAAAUUCGAUCUUAUUGGUGAGAUGUUACUCAAUGCAUUAAUGAAGCUAAUAAAUACUAUUAUGACAUUGGAGAUAACCACUGACAAUAUAUUUAGUGGUGUUAUCAAUACAGAGUUUGAUAUUGUUUUUGAAGCUUUGAGGACUUUAAAGGAGUUAUUAGACAACUUCGGAGAAAAUUUAAAAUCUUCUUGGUCAACAGUUUUUAAAGUUCUACUUCCACUAUUUCCAAUCAUUAAUCGUAGUUACGAUAUCAUUGGAAUGGAAGGAAAGGAGAACACCACUAUUUUAGAUGCAAUUCAACAAAAGCAUAGGGAUAUGGUACAAAUAUCAUUUGAAGUUUUUAAACUAAUAUCGGAUGAUUUCUUACAAUUAUUGCCAAUAAAUGUUGUUAAAGAUGUAAUUGACACUCUAUUGCAAUUUGUUCAACAGGAACGAGACUUAAACAUAUCAUUUUCUUCAAUUAGUCAAUUUUGGCUGGUGGGUGACUACUUAAGGACGAUAUUACCCCCUAGGGAAAGCAAUUCUGAUACUGCGGUGGAACACGUUUCAUCUGUAACUUCAAAUGUCUCGGCAGAAAAAUCAAGCGAAGAAUCCUUUGACACUCUCUGGAUUUAUUUGUUAAAGGCAUUGGUGAUGUGCACAUCGGAUAAUAGAUUGGAAGUUAAAAAAGGCGCCAUUCAAACAUUUUUUAGAAUUGUUGAUUCAUAUUCUUCAUCAUUUCCUCCAUGGGAACUAAUAUCUGAUAAGGUUAUGAAACCCUUGUUGUCGCUAGCUCCAACUAUCAAGGAGUAUGAUUCCUAUUCUGAUUUUUUGUCGGUCACCUUACAAGGACUAAUUCAACUUUACUCAACGCAUUUUUCAAAUUUCAAAAAUCACAAUUGGGAUACCGAGUGGUCUUGGUUGUUUGAAUUUAUGGGUAGAUUACAAUGUAGUCAGUCAUUCGAAGCUAGGUUCGUUGUUUACAGGAGUCUUGAAGAAUUGUUAAUUUUACUCGAUGAUAUUGAAGAUGUUCCACAGACAGUGGUUCAAAGCUGUUACCAAAUUUGGUCAACAUACAACGUGAUAUACAGUGAAUUAUUUCCUUCAAAUGAGAAAAAAAGGAACAACAUCGACUGCCUAGAACAAUUGAUUAGCUGUUUUACUCCAAUGUACAAGUUGCUGGCAAAAUUUGACUUGAUUACGAUCGAAAAGAUAGAAGAAUGCCUAACAAUCUUCAACAUUGGAUUGCGGUAUCCAUUGUUACCAGAAUACGUCUCAGAUAAGAAAAAGCCUUCGAGUUUGCAAGCACGAGUGCUUUCUUCUGUAGAACAGUUUAAAAUUAACCAACCAGCGGCUAUUGAGAUUCUUGUUUGGUACCAAUUAAGUUCUAUAAUUGUCUUACCAUUUGAAACAAGACAACGAAUAGAAAAAAAGCUAUCUGAAAAAUUGAGUAGCAGUACCAAGUCAAGAAUACCAACAUUUGAAGCCAUAAGCUACCAGGCAUCUAUUAUAUUAAAGGAACGAAUUGAGAAUUCUGAAAACUUUUCUGAGGAAUUUUUGAAUCGCAAGUAUCUAUUAAAGACUUUAAAGAAUCUAUAUGGGCCAGUAAAGAACAAGUCUAUGGUCACUGCCAAUGAUAAGGACGUGCCGUUAUGGGUAUUAUCUUCAAGGUGUUUUCGCAACAUAUUUAAAUUUGUCUUUUCUUUACUAAAAGAUUCAGCCGAUAAACAUCCCAAAGACAAUGCCAGUGAACUCCUAGAGUUAUACAUAUCUACUAUGAUUUCCCCCUUAGAACGAAUUGACAAACAGAAAGAUAUUCAAACAGAAGAAUUUGACAUUACAGAAUAUCAAUCUCAUAGAGAUUUACUUCUGAAAUAUAUUGAUUUACCACUGCUAACGGUUAAACACUUUCAACCAUAUGUCUCGUCUUUGUGGAGUAGUUCCUUUUAUUAUGAAUCUGAUGAAAUAGAGGAUCACCUGAUAAAGACCAAUGCAACCUUGCAAGAAAUUACAUGCCAAUUAGCCAAUUUUGACUUUGACGGCAUAGUUGGCUCUACUCAAGAUUCAAGAUUAUUAUCCAAGUUUGAGCUCACUACUAUUUGUAUUGAUGACCUUAUCAACUUUUGUAAAUCAGCAAGUCCUGGAUAUGACCUGUUAAGGACUAUCUCUGUACCAUUUUUAGUAUCUCGUGUUGCAUUCGUUCUCAGAAGAUACAUCACAGAAGAGUCUUUACUCAAUCGUGCCCCUUUGCCUAAAAUUAAGAGAUUAGAACUUGUAAAGAUUUUAUUUGGAUUGAAUGAUGUGCUCGAGUUUCAUAGGCAAAGAGGAAAUACAGAUGAAGGAAAAAGAAGCCUACUGUUGCUAUAUCCAUUGUUAUUAAAGACGAUCCCAUUAUCCCACAAAGUUGACGAGUUACAAGAUAUCCUGCAGAGACUCUCGUUAAAAUAUAACGCCCUGUUUACCUGA